UUGGAAAAAAAUACAUCUGAAUCUGGUAGAUGUCACUAGACUAGACUGGCAAGACUCAGAUUACUAUUCUUGACUAGUCAUAGUGGGUGUUGGUCAAUGGUAGUUGUGAAAUUUUAAUGGAUGCAUUACAAUUCUAAUCAACCGUAGACCUAUAAAGGUUACUUCCAACUUUGAGUGUCAGGACUAACUGAAGGAUUAGUGGAGUAUUUAAUUUCAACUGAAGGAUUAGUGGAGUAUUUAAUUUAAACUGAAGGAUUAGUGGAGUAUCGACUCUUUGACAGGUCAAGGACCGGCUACUGAUGUUACCAGAGGUUGUUCAACUGGGUGCUAGUCAAGUUAGCUGAGCACAAGAGAUGGUCAAGUGAAAGUCUCUGUCAUCUUGCUCAUGUCACCUUGCUGAGGUCGUAGCCAUCUUGCUGAGGUCGCAGCCAUCUUGCUGAGGUCGCAGCCAUCUUGCUGAGGUCGCAGCCAUCUUGCUGAGGUCGCAGCCAUCUUGCUGAGGUCGCAGCCAUCUUGCUGAGGUCGCAGCCAUCUUGCUGAGGUCGCAGCCAUCUUGCUGAGACUGGACUGGUUGUUACCUUGAAGUUAAAUCAAACAAAAAGAUUUGUAUAAGACAGACAACAAAAUCUUUACAAAGUUUUUUAAAUUUUGUAUCCCAAUCAAAUUAAUUCAUUUUGUGUUUGAGUCUGUGAAGUAAGAAUUGGAUGUUAGUAUGGUCAGUGGUGCUGUCCCAACUGUCCAGUAACUGGCUUGAGGAAAGACUUGGAUGGUCAGUGGUGCUGUCCCAACUGUCCAGUAACUGUGUGGCUCCAGGAAAGACUUGGAUGGUCAGUGGUGCUGUCCCAACUGUCCAGUAACUGGCUUGAGGAAAGACUUGGAUGGUCAGUGGUGCUGUCCCAACUGUCCAGUAACUGGGGGACACAGGAAGAGAAGAACAUGCCAGGCUCAAGCCUGCCCCUACAAUUAUGAUACCCUUCAUGUCCAAGAAGAAAAAAUUCAAGUUCCAGGUGCAGCUUGGACUGGAAGAGCUAGCGUCAGUGCCGUUUGUUACAGGUGUGUUGUUUGCUAAAGUCAGGCUGAAUGAAGGUGGCAGUUUCACAGAUUUGUCCUCCAGGGAGGAGGUCAACAGCAACUGUGUCAGGUGGAAAAGCAACUUUGAGUUUCCCUGCAAGAUGACAGCCAGCUUAACCACGGGUGUCCUUGACCCUUGUAAUGUUAGAAUCUCUGUGAGAAAGGAACUGAAGGGUGGCAGGUCCCAUCAAAAGCUGGGCUAUGUAGAUCUCAACCUUGCUCAAUUUGCUGGGGGAGGGAAGGUCACAAGGAGGUACCUGCUGGAAGGUUACGACACCAAGCACAGGCAGGAUAACUCCAACAUCAAAAUUACUGUAGAGUUAUCUCUCAUUUCAGGGGACCCUGUAUUUAAAGUGCCUUCAAACCACUCAGUGUCCCAGAGUAACUCAGUGACAGGUCAAACUGACCCCAUUGACCUCCGACCUUGUGACAACCACAGUGAGGACAGUCUGGCCUCCAGCAGCAGUGGCUUCAGUAGCUUGACCAGGCGGGGCAAGAUGGGCUCUCAGAUGUCAGAUGCUGUAGAUAUGGAUGUCCCAGUGGAUGGGCUGGGCCACUCGCGUAGUGCCAGCUACGCGUCUCAACAUUCCAGAGGCUCCGGGUACGGCUCUUUAACUCACAGUCGUCAGUCCAGUACUAGCAGUGAAUGUGCACUUGGUCACGCUAGGACUCCGAGUAGUGUUGGCUCUACACUAGAGAGGAGAAGGAUUGGGAAUUCAACUCAGUCGUUGGAUAGAAUUGUAGAAGCCAGUACAAAAAUUGAAGAGUCAGGUAAAGAAGUUGUUGUAGGAGCUACCCGUGUGGAUGCUGAGACUUUGGUCCAGCAGUUGAUAGAAAGCACAGAUCUGAACCCCACGGAGGUGGAGGAAGCGUCAGGGCUGCAGCUCUUAGUUCAAAAGGACGGGACAAUGGCCCUAAGAUAGGUUCUCAAGGCCACUCACAGAUGGCCAUAUGAGAGAUUGUCAAGGCCGGCCACUCUCAUUAUCAUCUCAUCCAGUGCGUGUGGCUGAUGUGUGGGAAUUGUUUGUGUACUCCAGCAUAAGAUAGUCACAUGACAUGCGGAUGACUUGGUGAGUCACAUGACAUGUGGAUGACUUGGUGAGUCACAUGACAUGCAGAUGACUUGGUGAGUCACAUGACAUGCGGAUGACUUGGUGAAUCACAUGACAUGCGGAUGACUUGGUGAAUCACGUGACAUGCGGAUGACUUGGUGAGUCACAUGACAGAUGACUUGUUAAGUCACAUGACACACAGAUGACUUUGUGGUAGGAGUGUCCAGGUAUCAAGUGUUGGGAAACUCCAGCCAGUCUUUGUAAGGCCAUGUAACCAACUCUGACACACCGUCACCCCAAUAGACACCUAAGGCACAGAUAACCCUGUAACAAGGCUAUUGAUGAAAGACCUUACACUAAUUUGAUGCAAGACUUUGUCUACAUCAGCUACACAAGUUGUGAGAAUUUAAGUACCAAAAAGUUUGUUUGUUCACAAUCAUCGCUGCUUCAUAUUUUUAGUAUACGCAAAUUUGAUGCCAGUGGCUAAAUCAAAGGAAGUGAAGAAGGGGCGGAUGAUAUUUAACUUGCCAUAGAAGGGGCGGAUGAUAUUUAACUUGCCAUAGAAGGGGCGGAUGAUAUUUAACUUGCCAUAGAAGGGGCGGAUGAUAUUUAACUUGCCAUAGAAGGGGCGGAUGAUAUUUAACUUGCCAUAGAAGGGGCGGAUGAUAUUUAACUUGCCAUAGAAGGGGCGGAUGAUAUUUAACUUGCCAGUACAAACCAUUGGUCAGUUGCUGUGUUGAAUAUGUGGAGUCUUAUCAGUGCUAAAAUAGUGCAAUCUACUAGUUAUUUUUGCAUGUAAAGUUUGUCUCUUUAAAUUUUCUAACAAGUCUUUUUUAAGUGUGUUUAGAUUGAUGGUGACAAAUUGCAUUAGCUCUAAUUGACUAGACUUAAUUGGACAUUGAAAAUUUAAUGGAAGAAACUUAAAUUUAAAAUAAUUAUCAGCUACAAAAGAUGAUUGAUUACAUAAAGAAAGAUAAAUCAAAUUAAGGACAAUAACUUGAAUAUGCAUUGUGUGUCUUUAUUUUAAUUUUGGGGGGAACAAAAAACAUUUCUGUUGACAAUGUAUGAACAUGUUCACUUUAACCAAGAUCAAAUUAUGCUGAACAUUUGGGUCAGCAUUUAACCAAGGAUAAUUUUAUCUGGUUUUGUUUAAGAUCAAAGAGAGCUACAUCAUGGGGCAUUUCCUGUUUAUCAUUGUAUGAUGUCCAUAAUUUAUGCACGUAUGAUGUACAUCAUAAGGUAACAUUCAGAGAGUAGGUUGUAGAACUUGGUUUAUUUUGGUUUUAUGUUUUUGUACAAAGAGCUUUAUAGGAUAUUUGUAUGAUGUAUGUACAUAUGGGAUGAGAUGGGUGGUUAUAACCAUCUUUACUUGAUCAUGUACGUGGUUACUACCAUCUUCAUGACUAUUGCUUACCUUGCACAGUUUCAUUUCAGUCUGAAAUAUGCAAAGACUAUUAAAUAUCUUAUCUGUCCUAUAUUCUUCCUGCUUGAAAACACAAUUUUAAUUGCUAAAAGUGGACAGUACAGUAUGGUUACAAGAUAUGUUGGGGGGGGGGGGGGGGGGGGUGCACCAUAUAGACAACCAAGAAUGUCCCAAAGGAUUCUUUGUUAAGAUGAACCGAAAUAAAGUGACUUUUGGAUCUAAAGUUGUGUUUUUGCUGUUGAUGUAGCUACCUUCUCUUUAGUGUUGAUGUAGCUACCUUCUCUUUAGUGUUGAUGUAGCUACCUUCUCUUUAGUGUUGAUGCUAGUGAUGUACUUACUAUCUCUGUGAUGCAUUUCAUCAUAUCUAUACCCCUGCUGUACAAACUCAACUUCAGCACUGGUGUCAUUAGUUUUCUAGUACAGCUCUAAGUUAGUGCACAACUAUUCCUGUACAAGUCAGUUGUCUGCCCUCUGAAUGUGUUGCUGGAGUGGGUUGUCUGCUCCUGAUGUUACAGAUCAAAGAAAUAUUCCAUCCAUAGGAAUGUGUGGGGUUCAUGAAAUCCAUUUCAGUAUUUCUUAAACUUAUAGCAAAACAUUUUGUUACUUUUUUUUUUAAUGUAGACUUUACUGUAAGUGAGAAGGAAUUUUAGUGUACACCAAAAAAAAAUAUUUUUUUAUAAAACUGAAAUCUGCAAUAUUUUUACUUCAAUUGAUUAAAUCUGAAAUUUUGUGUGAGAUGUACAUUUUCUUAAUAUGGACAUGUAUUUAAUAAACCUAAAACAUCAGAUGUCACAAAAUUAUAACAGCUGAUGUUUAUGUGGAAAUAUUGAGGCUCUAGUUCAUCUGUACUUAAUGAAUUUCCACAAACUUCAAUUUUCUGCUAUAGCUCUGAUCUUAUCAGGGGUUCUAUACACUUAGCAUCUGUUCAUUGAAAAUGUUUAGCUGAUUCACUCAGUAAAUUACAGUGAUGUUCAUUGAAAAUGGUUUGCUAAUUCAUACAGUAAAUCACAACGAUGUUCAUACGUUGGUUUUCAAAUCUGGCUCACCUUUAUACAUAGUUUGACAUUGUAAUUUUCACAAAAUUGUAAGCAAGAGAUCAAAGAUUAAAAUAUUUUGUGUCAAUAAAGGGACACAAACUAGCAGCAAAUGUAAAUAUACCAGAGUUAAUGUGCUUGCAUCAUGAGAUAUAUAGUUUUGGUUUCUUCCCAUCAAUUGUGUAACAUUAGAGGCCAUUUCAUUAGUUUUAAUAGGCAGCUGAUUUGAUUUUGUUCAUGUGCUCUAGAUCAGUUGUUGAAUAGAAAGUGAUUUUUUUUUUAUGCAAAAUAUUUUUUCAGAGCAGUUUUUAUAGUUUAGAAAUUAGCAUAAAUGUUUUUUACCAAAUUUUUUUUUUUUUGCAGUUAUAUUGAGAAAUAUAAAAUUCAUGUAAAAAGGCCAAAUUUUAUUUUGAUAAUGUUCCUCUUAAUAAAUAUAUUUUACAGCUUUAUUUCAAAUGUAUCAUGUAAAUAUAGUGUCUACUUGUGUUUUAAGUCAAAAAUAUACUUCAAUUAUAGUGUCAGUUUUUGUUUUAGCUGUGCUGAUGAAAUGAGUAUACUUUCAAGCAAUAGCUAAAACAAUUUUUUUAAAUCAAUUUUGAUAUGAAAUGUAAAAAACAAAAUCAGAUGGAGCAAUAAUGAAACAAUUUUUUUAUACUACUAUUGAGAUAGAAGUCUCUUAUGUCCCCUCACACCAUAUUCAGUUAAGUCUUGUGAUAAAAAGAAUGCAAAGCCUUAUCACUAAUUCUGUGCUUGUCAACACUAUCCGAUGAUUUAGCCAUAUGAAAAGAUUUGUUAAAAAUGUACAUUUUUUUCAGUCUUGUAGAAAAUAUUUUAUUGUCAUGAUUUUUGAAAACUAAAUUUUAUAGAAAAAAAUGAAUGUUUUGUUUAUCUUACUGAAAAUAAAAACCACAUUUUUUUAAAUGGGUGUUUUAAUGAAUGAAUUGAAAUAACAAACUUGUGGCAUCUA